AUGCGCAGAGUGGUGGUGACUGGGUUGGGAGCUGUCACCCCCCUUGGUGUCGGGGUUCGCCGCACAUGGAAUCGACUUCUUCAUGGUGACUGUGGAAUCGUCUCCACUAGACCUCUUGGUGACGAGUUCACGGCCAUUCCAAGUCAAAUAGCUGGUCUUGUGCCUGUUGGCUCCGGCGUUGAGGGAGCCUGGAAAGCCACGGAUCAUGUUACGCCUACAGAAUUAAGGCAAACGGCCAAGUUUGCUCAGUACGGACUCGCUGCCUCAUCCGAGGCUUUGAAAGAUGCCGGCUUUGAGGAUGGAAAGGGCCUUGACGCUGAGAUGACGGGCGUCUGUCUCGGAUCAGGGAUUGGCAACCUCGAAGAACUAUACACCACCGCGGCGGCCUACCACCAGACUAAAAAUUAUCAUAAAAUCCACCCUUUAUUCGUCCCACGUCUCCUCAUCAAUUUGGGCGCCGGCCACAUCUCCAUGCGAUACGGAUUGAAAGGUCCCAACCAUGCCGUCACUACCGCAUGUACCACCGGAGCGCAUUCCCUCGGUGAUGCAUCACGAUUCAUCCAGUCUGGGGAGGCGGAUGUCAUGGUCGCCGGGGGAGCGGAGUCUUGCAUUCACCCACUGGCAAUCGGUGGCUUUGCGAGAUCCCGAAGUCUCGCAACCAAGUUCAACGACGAACCACACUUGUCCUCGAGACCAUUUGACGAUGACAGAGCAGGGUUCGUGAUAAGUGAAGGAGCCGCUUGUGUGGUCCUAGAGGAACUGGAGCACGCGCAGAAAAGAGGAGCGAGAAUAUAUGCCGAAUUAGUAGGUUACGGGAACUCCGCCGAUGCAUAUCAUCUCACCGCUCCACGAGAAGACGGCAGCGGCGCCCUUCUGGCUAUGAAGAAAGCCCUGAAAGUGGCGCAGAUUCCGCCGUCCGCCGUUGACUAUAUCAAUGCCCAUGCCACAUCCACCCCUCUAGGUGAUGCCGCUGAAAAUAAAGCCAUCAAAACCCUCAUGUUGGGAGAGCAUGGCAGGGACACCGCCUCUAAAAUCAACGUCAGUAGCACCAAAGGUGCCGUCGGCCAUCUUCUGGGUGCUGCUGGAGCUAUUGAGGCUCUCUUCAGUAUCUUAGCCAUAUAUGAGAACGUCAUGCCUCCCACUAUAAAUCUCGUGUCGCCUUCCCAAGACUUUGAUUGCAACUACGUCGCCAUCACCGCGCAACAAGCAGAUGUCCAUGUCGCCCUCACCAAUAGCUUUGGAUUCGGCGGUACAAAUGCAAGUCUGUGUUUUAGGAAGUACGACUCACCAAGAUGGAGCGCAUUGUGA